GAACAAUAUAGUACUGGCCUGAUGAGUCGGAACCGACGAUAUGGGAUAUCGCGGAAGUAUGAUUCCAUAUGUUCGUCUUUCUUUUAGUCAGCAUACCUUUUCGAACUGCUUCAGACCUCGACGGUUACGCCCGAACCAUUGGUGCCUAGUUGACCUACUGGUCUUGGAAACCGAACGUUAUGAUUCCCAAGCUAAGUGUGACCCGCUAAAAUUACUCCGCGUCUUCAGAUAUAUAUAUGUUUGCAAGGCCUGCUUUGCUUUCGUAUCUGCACACCAAUUUCUCCAGAAGAAUAACAUCCCAUCAAGCACACCUACACCUCAAUCAUGAAGGCCAUAGUUAUGCAAGGUGAGCCUGGAAAGGCCUCGCUAGCCACUGACCGCCCCUAUCCCAAGAUUCGACCGGGAUAUGUACUUGUCGAUGUCAAAGCGGUAGCACUCAAUCCGACCGACUGGAAGCAUAUCGACUAUUGGAACACCAAAGAUUGCCUGGUUGGGUGCGAUUAUGCUGGAGUUGUGGCAGAGACUGGCACGGGCUAUUCGAAGCCAUGGAAAGUUGGCGAUCGUAUUUGCGGAUUUGCUCACGGAGGGAAUCCAUUGCAACCCGAAGACGGUGCUUUUGCGGAGCGUAUCGCGGCCAAAGCUGAUAUUCAGAUGCGUAUUCCGGAGAAUAUGUCCUUUGAAGAUGCUGCAACUUUGGGCGUGGGCGUCGUCACCUGCGGACAAGGUCUUUUCCAGCAGAUGGGCUUGAAACUGCCCAGUAACCCGAGCACUAAAGGAGAAUUCAUCCUCAUAUAUGGCGGCAGUUCUGCGACAGGAAGCCUGGGCAUUCAAAUUGCGAAGUUAGCUGGAUAUAGGCCCAUCACCACUUGCUCUCCGCGAAACUUCGAUUUUGUGAAAUCGUUAGGCGCAGCAGAGGCUUUCGACUAUAACGACCCAGAUUGCGCGAACAAGAUCCGGGAAUACGCCAACGACAACCUCAAGUAUGUCUGGGAUACAAUAGCGCUACCUCCUACAGCUCGUAUCUGUGCCGAUGCAAUUGCUUCCGGAGGGAUCUAUGGCUCCAUUCUCAAAGUCCAAUUCCCUCGGGACGAUGUCGCGUGCAAAUUUUCAUUGGGCUAUACCGCAGCAGGAGAACCUGUGAAGAAAGGGAAUUGGGAUCUGCCAGCAAACGUCGGUGACUUUGAGUUUAUGAAAAAAUGGAUUCUCGACGUUGAGCCCAUCCUGCAGAACGGCCGACUGAAGGUCCAUCCGCCCAUGGUGGAGAAAGGACUCGAGCAUCUCUUCGAAGGACUUGAUCUGCUCAAACACGAUAAAGUCAGUGGGAAGAAGUUGGUGUACGUGCUUUGAGGCAAAAGAAUUGCUGCUUGUCGUCGUGAACCUGCGUAAGCUACGGGAGGAACGAAUGGCGAGCUUCUGGAUGGAAAGGUGGCGGAGUAGAUUUGAGAGAUGAGGUACUGAUUCCCGCCGGAGGAAUAUCU